CUCUCGCCUGGUACCGAUAUGAAUUGCCUCAACGUACCCGAAAUCAUGCCAGGCUCGCCCAGCAAAUCCCGGGGCCAGAUCCAGGUGAUAUUUGGGCCAAUGUUUUCUGGAAAAAGCACAGAGCUGAUGCGCAGAGUGCGACGGUUUCAGAUUGCACAGUACAAGUGCAUGCUUAUAAAGUAUGCGAAAGAUACACGCUACAGCAAAGAGCAUCUUGCUACACAUGACCAGAACACAAUGGCAGCUGUAUCUGCCUGCCAGUUGCGUGAUGUUUCCGCUGAAGCUUUGGCCUGUUCUGUUAUAGGAAUAGAUGAAGGACAGUUUUUCCCUGACAUUGUAGAUUUUUGUGAGGAAAUGGCAAAUCGUGGAAAGACUAUGAUUGUAGCAGCUCUGGAUGGCACAUUUCAGAGGAAGGCAUUUGGAAACAUCUUGAAUUUGGUGCCUUUGGCAGAAAGUGUUGUAAAACUCAACUCUGUUUGCAUGGAGUGUUAUCGGGAGGCUGCAUACACCAAGCGGCUAGGGGCAGAAAAGGAGGUGGAAGUUAUUGGAGGAGCUGAAAAAUAUCACUCAGUCUGCAGACUUUGCUUCUUCAAAAACCAGCAGCUCCCGGUAGAGAAGGAGAAUGUGCUUUCUCAUAAUGCACUAGACACCAUUUCCUUAAAGCUUAGUAACAAGCUGCAAACAGCUUGUUCCCCACGCAAGCCACUUGCACAACGACAAUGCUUGUAAUGGACUGUACAGCUAACUUACUGUAUUGCUUAAUGUGUAUAAUGUAUGUUUUUUUUAAGACUUAUUUUAAUUUUUUUUGUAUAUGUUUUACGUGCAUAUCUGUAUUUACAUUAAUAUUGGCUUCUAAAUGGAGAUCUUGCUCUUU